CCUGGUAAGUGACAAGGCAUGAUAGGGAUCAGUUAAAAACCAUAUGGCUUAGUGAUUUGAAUUUGUAGCUAAGAGUUAAACAAACAGCUCUUGAAAUGUUAGAUUGUUUAACGAGUGUGAGGGCCUCUUUGUUUGGAGCGAUCCAAUUGGCCCCUGUUUUCUCUCAAGACACUGAGGCGGGUUUGUCAGGUGUAUAGGAGGGACUACUCGAGGAAAGGUUGGGGGUUUUCGCUGUCACUUGAGUCAUAAGUGAUCUUAGAACGACUGUCCCCUCUGCUCUCAGGACAGAAUUCAGAUGGUGAUGGUUUGAGUGGCAGCUCUGCUUGUUUGGAUACUUUUUAAGGCUAAAGUGAAGUGAGUCAUGUCGGAGGCGGUUGAUCUCUCCUUUCUCUCUGAGACAGAGAGGGACUUGAUCUUGAAAGUUCUUCAGCGAGACGAGGAGCUCCGGAAAGCCGAAGAGAAGCGGAUCAGGAGACUAAAGAAUGAGCUGCUGGAGAUCCGGAGGAAAGGGGCCAAGCGGGGCAGCCAGCGGUAUGGUGAGCGGACUUGUGCCCGGUGCCAGCAGAGCCUGGGGAGAAUAUACCCCAAAACCAACACUUGCCGAGGCUGUAAUCACCUGGUGUGUCGGGACUGCCGCACCCCUGGCACCCAUGGCACCUGGAGGUGCAAGGUGUGCGUCAAGGAAGCAGAGCUGAAGAAGACAACCGGUGACUGGUUUUAUGACCAGAAAGUGAAUCGCUUUGCAAACCAUCUGGCCAGCGACUUGGUGAGGAUGUCACUGCGGAAGAAGCCAACAGCUGGUAAAAGAGAUACUGUGGGCCAGUGUCUUCUCCAGCAGUCCCAACUAAGUGAGACCCGGACUGGGAUGAAGAGCACCCAGGAGCCCCUGAAGGAGUUCAGCUUGUCUUUUGAUGCUUCAGAGCCCAGAGAUGGAAAGGAUUCUCUGGAGCCCGAGAGCACGAGCGUGGACAAUAGCCAAGUGGAUGCUGUAGGUGACACUUGGAGAAACCCUCUGGAGAAAGUUGGAACCUUGCGAGAAAGCAAGAGGAGCUCUGAGGGCCCAGAGUGCAGCGCCAACAAGGCCGAAGCAGAUGAUGAAGUACAGCCUUUGGGGCAGAGUUUGGGGUCUGCAGAUGAGACAGAGAUGAUAUUUAAGAAGAAUCCCAGGAGAGCCCUGAGGCCUUCAGAGUAUACUAGGUCUGUCAUGGAUCUUCGCCCGGGGGACUUAAGCCCUGGCAAUGGCUCCUUGGGUGAUAGAAGCAGGUCGGUACCAGGCCUCAUUGCAGACAUGGAGGAAGAGGAGGAGGAGGAAGAAGAAGACAUUGAUAGCCUGGUAGAAAUCCAUCGGCAGAAAACAGCAAGAAGCAGUCUGCGCAGUGGCUCUUCCUGGAGCACACUGGGCAGCAUGGUGAGCAUCUACAGUGAGGCUGGUGAAGUCAGUAACAUCUUGAUAACGGGUGAGAUUGCCAUCUCCCUGAAGUAUGAGCAGCCCUCCCAGACCCUGCUGGUCCAUGUGAAGGAGUGCCGCCAGCUGGCGUUUGCUGAUGACAUCAAGAAGCGCUCAAACCCGUAUGUGAAGACUUACCUCCUGCCUGACAAAUCCCGACAGGGGAAACGCAAAACCAGCGUCAAACAAGGCACUGUCAACCCAAUGUUUGAUGAGAUUUUCCGAUAUGAGAUCCCCAAAUCCCUGCUGUCUCAGAGGGUCUUACAAUUCUCUGUCUGGCACCAUGGCCGUUUGGGCCGCAACACUUUCCUGGGAGAGGCUGAGCUCAACAUGAAUUCCUGGAAGCUUGACAGGCCUCUUGAUCAGUGGCUCCCCUUGCAUGGAAAGAUCAGUGCUGAGGCCCUGGCUAGCAUCCUGCCACAGAAGAGCGAGUUGGUAGUUUCAUUGAAAUACAUUCCAGCCUCCAAACUGCCUGUUGCUGGAGACCACAAAAAAAGCAAAGUUGGAGAUGGAGGAGAACUCCAGGUGUGGAUUAAAGAAGCCAAGAAUCUGCCCGCUGCCAAAUCUGGAGGCACCUCGGACAGCUUUGUUAAAGGAUACCUCCUUCCCAUGAGGAACAAGACCAGCAAACGCAAGACUCCGGUGGUGAAGAGGAGCCUGAACCCCCACUACAACCACACGUUCGUGUACGCUGGAGUGAGGCUGGAGGACCUGCAGCACGUGUGCCUGGAGCUGACCGUGUGGGACCGGGAGCCCUUGGCCAGCAAUGAUUUCCUGGGAGGCAUCAGGCUGGGGCUUGGUACUGGCAUCAGUAAUGGGGAGAUGGUUGACUGGAUGGACUCUGCUGGGGAAGAAGUGAGUCUGUGGCAGAAGAUGCGGCAGUACCCAGGCUCCUGGGCAGAAGGGACCCUGCAGCUCCGUCCCACCAUGGCCAGGCAGAAGCUGGGAUCCUGAGCCUUGGCUCUCCCUGGAGCUGCAGGACCACCAGCUGAGCCAAGUUAGAGGAAAUAGAGCCAGGAUCCAUACUGCCUCGUUACAUAGACAGAUCCACGCUCGCGUGUGUGUCUGUGUACGUUCCUGGGCAUGUGUGUAUUCUGCUGUUCUCUCUGUGUAGCUUGCCAUCCUGCAGUGAAGGGGGAUUGUUGUCACCUUGUUGAGCAAUCCCAGCACUAUGGGUUUAUUCUUGGUCAGUGUUUGUGCCUGUGUUUAGUCUGACCUUGUUUGUUUUACUUCUUGCAGAUUCCAUCCUGACCCAUCCAUUUUGGGUCCGGGUUAAAUGUAGUGUUUGAGAGCUUGAAACCACCAAGUUUUUCCAACCUCUUCUACUCCCUCCCUGCUCCCAGAGAGUUCAUGGCCUCUCGGGCCUUAGCUUUGCCCCCUGUUUGUGUGGGUUCUUGCCCAAGGCUGCCAGGGGCAGGAAAAGGUAGAAGAAACAAGAUCAAGCUCAUCUUGAAGGGAUUCCCUCCCUAGUACUCAGUAAGGCAGCUGGGAUCCUUUGCAUUUCAGCCUGUUUUCAGUUCCUCUUCUACUCAGACAGGAGGGUUUUUUUGGGGGGCACUCAUUGCUUUUAUUCCCUUUAAAGAGGUUCCCCCGAAUUUGAUUCUGCCCCCCCAGACUCUAGUUGAGUGCCCAGUUUCCCCUCUGGGUAUCUUGGAAACCUUCAUCAAUGGUGGUCAAAUUGUUUGUGUCCUUAGCAUGUACAGCACUGCUAGGGACCUGGGAUAUAAGUUUAUGUCAGAGACCCUGGCUCAAGUAGCUAGCCAUCUAAUGGGGGAGAGAUGGCAUGGGCUGAAUGACCAAUAUCUGGGAGAACAGCUUAAAAGCAAAAGAGAUUCAGGCAAACUGGUCUGAGCCUGGGGGUUAGGGAAGGCUUUGAGAAUGAGUUGGCACCCAAGCUGGGUCUCCAGGGAAAGCUGAGCCUCCUGCCAACAAGUGGGGAUGGGAGGGAUAGUCUGUUUGAGGUAUGAAGGAUGGGAUAAGCUUAGAUACGGAGACAAAGACAGGACAAGACCAGGUUCCUUGUGAUCCUCAUCAUCCCAAAAGGCUCUGGUUUUCAGAGCCAGGCUUUUAGGAUCUAAAGCCUUUAAGCCAGUUGACUUAAACAUAGCCAGCAUAUUUUGUUUUCCUAAGUAGGAGCUUAAACAUUGUCUCAGAGUUUUCUGACUCAGGAUGUCGCCUCCCCCCCCCCCAACAUGUGCGCGCGCGCGCGCACACACACACACACACUCAUUCUGAACUUUCACACAAGGACAGUAGGUAUUGUAGAGCCCUUAAUGUUUCCACUGACCAGCAGUGGAUGCGUUGAUUCUUAAAAGUGAGCCCAGACCUUGUGCGGAGCCUAGGUAUGGGUUCUCUGAGUUUGGGUCUAGUGGCUGGGAAAGAAUUCUCUAAUGCUUGUUCAGCCUGUUCCAUGCUGACAAGAUUUCUUACCCCUCCCCCCCCAUUACAAAUGCACUUACCUAUAUAAAGUUGUUUGCAAAAGGAGCUACACUGGAGAGGAAAACAAUUUUCUCUGGAGCAAGCUCCACCAGCUUGCUCUUGCCUAGCUAGCUGAAGAAAUCUCUGUUGUAGGGAGGAAUUGGGUGGAGGUCAUGUCUGGAUUGAUGGGUUUGGUUUUAUAGUGUAAGGGGGAGAGUCCUGGCUACAAUUUGUUGUGUUGCUGUUUGCCACCUUUUCAAAUGUUCUUUAGUUUUAAUAAAGCUUUCUUACUUGCC